UGAUUUUAUAGGUUAUGUUUCAAUCAACCAGGAAGAAAUUCAAAUUUAGGUAGAGGCUGUGUUUUUCGUAUAUGUUAGUUAUAUGCAAUGAUUUCAACUUCCAGAGGUUUAUAUAAAGUUGUUGUACAACAAAAAUUAUUUACAAAUGUUAAUAAUAUUACUCGAAAUAUAGCUGCAAGGCAUAAGUCCUAUACACCAAUUAAUACCGUAGUUAUGUUUGUACCACAACAAGAAGCUUGGGUUGUAGAAAGAAUGGGUAAAUUUCACAGGAUACUUGAACCUGGAUUAAAUGUAUUAAUUCCCAUUGUAGACAGGGUAAAAUAUGUGCAAAGUUUAAAAGAAAUCGCCGUAGAUAUUCCAAAGCAGAGUGCAAUAACAUCUGAUAAUGUCACAUUGAGUAUUGAUGGUGUUUUGUAUCUUAGAAUUAUUGAUCCAUAUUUAGCAAGUUAUGGUGUUGAAGAUCCUGAAUUUGCCAUAACACAACUUGCACAAACUACUAUGAGAUCAGAAUUAGGAAAAAUAUUACUGGAUAAAGUUUUUAGGGAAAGAGAAAAUCUGAAUGUAUCAAUUGUUGAUUCAAUAAAUAAAGCCAGUGAAGCAUGGGGUAUGACAUGUCUUAGGUACGAAAUUAGAGAUAUUAAACUUCCUCCUAGAGUCCAAGAAGCUAUGCAAAUGCAGGUAGAGGCUGAGAGAAAAAAGAGAGCAGCCAUUUUAGAAUCAGAGGGAGUAAGAGAAGCUGAUAUUAAUGUUGCAGAAGGUAAAAGAAAAGCACGCAUUCUUGCUUCAGAAGCCGAACGCCAGGAACAAAUUAAUAAAGCUGCUGGUGAAGCUGCAGCAAUAUUAGCAGUUGCCGAAGCACGGUCCGGAGGUUUAAAACUAGUUGCAGAAGCGUUGCAGAAAGAUUUAGGUCCUAAUGCUGCCUCCUUAAGUAUUGCUGAACAAUAUGUACAUGCAUUUAAUAAAUUAGCUAGAACGAAUAAUACCUUGAUUUUACCAGCAAAUACUGGAGAUGUAUCAAGUUUGGUAUCACAGGCAAUGAGUAUAUACUCUACUAUUACAAAAUCUCAAGAAAUACCAAAAAAACGGACACUGCCGUCAAAUACUAGUCAAGCUGUCAUAACAGCAGCUCCUGACGAUGAUUUAGCAGAAUAUUGUAGCGAUGAAGAAGAUAGAAAAGUACUUAAAGAUAAACAUAUAUCCCCUGAUGAUCCGUUAAAAAAGUAAAAUGAACAGCUAUCUUUAUACUGCGUGUUUUUUAUAUCGUUUUUAAGUUUUUAAUGGAAGUGUAGCCAAUACUUCUAUAUAUACGUACCUUUAAUAGAUAACGUGUAAUAUAUUUUUUAUAUGCAAUCAGGUAGCUAUGAAUAAUUGUUGUGUAGAUGUUUUAAGAUUUCAUUAAGUAUUGUAAAGGAUCCCGGUUUAGUAGAUUUAUUCUCUCGAGAAAUUCAGCAGGAAGCAUGGGUACUAUUAUAUACUACGACAACUGGGACGUAGUAUUAUAUGGUUAUUUAUUUAUUCAUUAUCCUUUUUUAUUAGUUCAAACAAAUAGUUGUUCUGUUCCCUAUUUAGUGCUGUUCUACUCAUAUUCAUUUCUUAAAUUUUUUAGACAAGCACAUUUUUUCGCCAUACUCCUCUCUUGUCAUCCACAUUUCUAUCCAUCGUAAGAGAUAAUGUUGGCUUGAUAGCUCAGUAAAUUUGCAGACUCACUUCGAAGUAA